UUGUACUGUAAUUAUGAAACGGUUAAAUUUUUAAUUGAAAUGCACUGCAGAUAUGAGUGAAAUUGUGUAAAGUAACUCCAUCACACUGUAUAAAGCUAUGAUAAAUUUUUUGAUAUUUUUACUGAAAACAAGACAAAAAUACCAAGUAAUUUUUUGCAGUGUGACUCCAUUAAAUGUGUGUGUGUAGAUUAAACAUGAACUGGCCAAAACGGACAUGGCAGCAGGUCAAAAUCAAAUACAAGAACAUUCUGCAGAAUGCAGUGAAAAAGAAUACCCACAGACAAGGCACGGGUGGUGGGUCACCAAAGGCUGACCUUACCCCAGCAGAGGACAUGGCCUUGGAGCUAAAUAAAGGCAGGCCCGUCUUAGAGGGGAUCCCUGGGGGGAAAGAGACGAGCAUAGGUUCCUCCCAAGAUGCCACCCGCUUCAUUCAAGUGUCUGGCAGCACUGUGUUCCUGUUAGAGCCACCAGCACAAGCACCAGACGAUGCUGAUCCAGGUGAAGGCCCCAGUGCAGCAGCAACAGCACAUGCUGGAGACGAUGAUGAGGAGGAGACCAUCUCUCUGGAUUCCAGAAGGCAUGAGGACCCAGAUGCUAUACAGUGGGAAAACCAGCCUGGCAACAUAAGCUCACAAGCUAUCAGAAAGUUGUAUGGCAACCACCUCCGGCGCCAAAUAGAACUGGCAGACAUAGACAUUCAGUACAAGAAGAAAAAGAUGGAAAAUCUUGCACUGGAGUCCGAAAUAAAAAAGAGGACAAUUAGGAAACUGGACCUUGAAAUAAAAAAACUUGAGAGGGAGCUCCAAGAAGAUGACACAGCUCAAAAUAAAAAUUAGGUAUAUUCUCGUAAAGUCAAGUGAGCCAUGACAUAUGAGCUCUUAUUGUGAGCACACAGGACGGUGGCAUCUUUCUAAGGUUUUUUUUAUUUUCCCAGCAAUCAGUACAACCAAGUCAUCGUUAUAAGGCAUCGCCCUCUUUUGCCCACCCCCCCAGCACCAGGUGUGGCCACUAGCCUAUAUGAAGGCCCAAAAUUGUGUGUUCCUUUCUGCUCUGACAAUGGC